GCGGAAGCGGGCGCCGACGUGCGGGGUUCCGUGCCGGCGCUGCGGUGGCCGGGGAGCGGCAAAGGCUAACGGGCCGGUGGGACAAGUGACGGGCGCAGACGGCUCGCGGAGGCCCCAGUUUCCUCACGGGCCGCACCUCUGGCUUGUCCAGCAUGCGCGGGCGCUCGGCGAGCGGCGGCGGGUGCGGGGCCUAGGAAUGAUCUUCCCGGUCGCCCGCUGCGCGCUGCGGUGGUGGCCGCGACGGCCGGGAGAGCGUGCCUCGUCCCGCGCCGCCAUGGAGGUGGCUCUGCGGGGCGCGCGGAAGGUCCUGUGUGUGGCGGAGAAGAACGACGCGGCCAAGGGCAUCGCUGACCUGCUGUCCGGCGGCCGGAUGCGGCGGAGAGAAGGACUGUCUAAAUUCAAUAAGAUCUAUGAGUUUGAUUAUCACUUGUGUGGCCAGAAUGUCACCAUGAUCAUGACGUCGGUUUCUGGACAUUUGCUGGCUCACGACUUCCAGAUGCAGUUUCGAAAAUGGCAGAGCUGCAACCCUCUUGCCCUCUUUGAGGCAGAAAUUGAAAAAUACUGCCCGGACAAUUUCGUGGACAUCAAGAAAACCCUGGAACGCGAGACGCGGCAGUGCCAAGCGCUGCUGAUCUGGACCGACUGUGACAGAGAGGGCGAGAACAUCGGCUUUGAGAUCAUCCACGUGUGCAAGGCCGUGAAGCCCGGCCUGCAGGUGCUGAGAGCCCGCUUCUCGGAGAUCACGCCCCGGGCUGUGAGGGCGGCCUGUGAGAACCUGACCGAGCCCGAUCAGAGAGUGAGCGACGCUGUGGACGUGAGGCAGGAGCUGGACCUGAGGAUCGGAGCCGCCUUCACCAGGUUCCAGACCUUACGGCUGCAGAAGAUCUUUCCCCAGGUGCUGGCCGAGCAGCUCAUCAGUUACGGCAGCUGCCAGUUCCCAACGCUGGGCUUCGUGGUGGAGAGGUUCAAAGCCAUUCAGGCUUUUGUGCCGGAAGUCUUCCAUAGAAUCAAAGUGACUCAUGACCACCGAGAUGGGGUUGUAGAGUUCCACUGGAAGAGGCACCGGCUCUUUAACCACACGGCAUGUCUCGUGCUCUACCAGCUGUGUAUGGAGGAUCCCACAGCAACUGUGGUGGAGGUCAGGUCUAAGCCAAAGAGCAAGUGGAGGCCGCAAGCUUUGGACACCGUGGAACUCGAGAAGCUGGCUUCGCGCAAGUUGAGGAUAAAUGCUAAAGAAACCAUGCGGAUUGCUGAAAAGCUCUACACACAAGGAUACAUAAGCUACCCCCGCACGGAAACCAACAUUUUCCCUAAAGACUUAAACCUGACAGCACUGGUGGAACAGCAGACCCAAGAUCCACGCUGGGGGCCCUUUGCCCAGAGCAUUCUAGAGCGGGGCGGCCCCACCCCACGCAACGGGAACAAGUCUGACCAAGCCCACCCUCCCAUUCACCCCACCAAGUACACCAGCAGCUUGCAGGGAGAUGACCAGCGGCUAUACGAGUUCAUCGUCCGCCACUUCCUGGCCUGCUGCUCCCAGGACGCUCAGGGCCAGGAGACCACCGUGGAGAUCGACAUUGCCCAGGAGCACUUCGUGGCGCACGGCCUUGUGAUUCUGGCCCGGAACUACCUGGAUGUGUAUCCCUACGACCACUGGAGUGACAAGCUCCUCCCUAUCUACGAGCGAGGCUCCCGCUUCCAGCCCAGCACGGUGGAGAUGGUGGACGGGGAGACCAGUCCACCCCAGCUGCUCACUGAGGCGGACCUCAUCGCCCUCAUGGAGAAGCACGGCAUCGGUACUGACGCCACCCACGCGGAGCACAUCGAGACCAUCAAGGCACGGAUGUACGUGGGCCUCACCCCGGACAAGCGCUUCCUCCCUGGGCAUCUGGGCAUGGGGCUUGUGGAAGGGUACGAUUCCAUGGGCUACGAGAUGUCCAAGCCGGACCUCCGGGCCGAGCUGGAGGCCGACCUCAAGCUGAUCUGUGAGGGCAAGAAGGACAAGUCGGUGGUGCUGCGGCAGCAGGUGCAGAAAUACAAGCAGGUUUUCAUUGAAGCCGUGGCCAAGGCCAAGAAGUUGGACGAGGCCUUGUCCCAGUACUUCGGGGAAGGCACGGAGGUGGCGCAGCAGCAGGAGCUCUACCCGUCCCUGCCAGAGCCCAUCCGCAAGUGCCCACAGUGCCACAAGGACAUGGUCCUCAAAGCCAAGAAGAACGGCGGGUUCUACCUCAGCUGCAUGGGUUUCCCAGAAUGCCGAUCGGCCGUGUGGUUUCCUGACUCGGUGCUGGAGGCCAGCAGGGACGAGAGCGUGUGUCCCGUGUGUCAGCCGCACCCUGUGUACAGGGUGAAGUUCAAGUUUAAGCGUGGGAGCCUUCCCCCGACCAUGCCUCUGGAGUUUGUCGGCUGCAUCGGCGGCUGUGACGAGACCCUGAGGGAGAUCUUGGACCUGCGCUUCUCUCGGGGGCCCCCCAGAGCUUCCCAGCCCGCCAGCCAGCCCUCUGGCCACCUGCAGGCCAGCCAGUACCUCAACAGGAUGGACAGCCGGUGGCACGGCCACGCCCAGCCUCCUGAUGGUCGGCAGAGCGACCCCCCCAAGGCCCUGGCCCGAGCCCUGCCGGCCCCCACAGCCGCCGCCAUAGAGAACAACUCUGUGAUGUGCAACUGCGGCCAGGAGGCCGUGCUGCUCACCGUGCGCAAGGAGGGCCCCAACCAGGGCCGGCAGUUCUACAAGUGCGGCGCCGGCGCCUGCAGCUUCUUCCUGUGGGCUGACAGCAGCCCGCCGGCAGGGCCACCUGCCUCCGCACCGAGACCCCUGCCCGGCUCUGGAGGCCAUGGUGAGGGCGGCGGCGGGAACGUGGGCGCAUCCUGCCUGUGCAGCCAGCCCGCCGUCACACGGACCGUGCAGAAGGACGGGCCCAACAAGGGGCGUCAGUUCCACACGUGCGCCAAGCCCCGCGAGCAGCAGUGCGGCUUCUUCCAGUGGGCAGACGAGAACACGGCCCCAGGCACUUUUGGAGCUGCGCCCUGGCCAGGAGGCAGAGGAAGAGCCCAGGGGCCAGAGGCCAGAAGCAAAAGACCGCGGGCGGGAUCCUCAGACGUGCCAGGGGCCACGGCAAAGAAACCCCGGAAGUGCAGCCUGUGCCACCAGCCCGGACACACUCGGCCUUUCUGCCCUCAGAACAGAUGAGGGCGGGGACGGCGGGCAGCCCGGCUGUCCCAGGGCUCUGAGGAAGCACUGGCUUCAGCGAGAAGGGGCGCGGGGUCCGGCUCUGCCAGCCGGGGCUCAGCCCGCGGCUGCGGAGGGGUCUCCCGCUGCUUCCUAGGACCGCCCGGGUGGUCGCUGUUUGUGCACGGUGAGGUGCAGAGGCCGGAGCCCCCGCAUUGGCACAUGCCCGAGCUGCAGCCCGCUGUGCCGCAGAGCCAGCGGCACCCCGGGGUGAGGAGCCGGCACCCCUGCUGCUACGGGAGGAGGGGAGGGGUCGUGCCUCUCUGCAGAAGCAGCUUGGUCCCGCUUGGUCUGGAGGCCCGGACUGCCCAGUGGUUCAUGUGCCUUAAUAAAGAGUUCGAGCCCUUUUACCUCGGCCAGUGACGAUGGCAGGAGUGACGGCACUGUCACAGCCGUGCUGGGAGCUCGCUGCCUCCCGGUCCCUGGGGGCUCCUGUCCACCCCCCGCCCUCCCUGCCACAUGGUGAGCACUGGGCCCAGCCUCUCCUACCUCCCGUUGUCCACAGAGCAGAGAAGGUGCCCGGGAGACUCCAGCGCUGACUGUCCAUCUUCCUCCUGUGGGCACAGACCUCGUGAGAAACAACUGGUUUGUAGCUGGGGAGAUG